AUGCCCAGCUUCCGGCGCUGGGGCAAAUCGAAAUUCGAGGCCAAUCCUGAAUCGACGUUCAAGCUCCUGGCCGCCGUUCUCGUUAUAACUCUCUACUUGCUCAUCAAGGAGUUCUCCAACCCUAUACUCGGCAACAAGGCGACGCCUGCGUCUGGCGCUCAGAUACAGUAUGCAGAGUGGAAUGGCACGGGCAAGGCGCAGGAGGGGCGGGCGGACAAGGUGCGGAGUGCCAUGCAGUACACGUUUUGGAAGUACAGGGAGCAUGCGUGGGGUCGCGACGACAUCCUGCCUGUGUCGGGCGGGAACUCGUCGACGAGGAAUGGCUGGGGCGGCUUUAUUGUCGACUCGGCGAGCACGCUGGCGCUGAUGGGCUUGUGGGACGAGUUGGAGCUCUCGGUCGAGCAUAUUCUGGGCAUCGACUUCACCGUCACAGACGACCUUGUGGACCCUUUCGAGACGACUACUCGCUAUCUGGGCGGACUGCUCUCGUUGGUAGACCUCUAUGAUGCGGGCUUGAUACCGGAACAGGUCAUGGAUGACGAUGCGCGAGACCUUAUCCUCGAGCAUGCUGUUACUCUGGCGGUGAAGCUUGGCCCCGCGUACGAUACACCGACUGGCAUGCCCUGGCCACGAGUCGACUUCAACACCAACCAAGGGGUCCCCGAACCUCUAUCAAUCUUCACCGAGAACCCAGGAAAACAAAAAUACGACCAUCCUGCCACCAGCCCUGCACAAACCGGCUCCUCCAUCCUCGAGAACCGCGUCCUGACCAGACUGACUGGUGACUCUAUCUACGCAAAGAACUCGACUCUGGCAUGGGCCCCCCUCGUCUGGUCCAAAUGGACAACACCCUGGCCCGGCAUGGUCGACUCCCCCAUCGACAUCGUGACAGGCGCUCCACUCGGCCGUGCUCGACACUGGGACGACGAACACGCCUCAUACUACGAGUACCUCCUCAAGAUGACGCUGCUCGCCCCACCAGCCGACCCCUACCUCGACGUAUACAAGCAGCGCUUCCUCGCCUCGGCCUACUCCCUGCGCAAGCGCCUCAGCUCGCGCUCCGCCUCGGCCCCCAACCACACAAUGCAGCACCUCUUCCUCGGCCGCCACAUCGCCUCGCACUACGAAAACCAGCAAUCCCACACCUCCUGCGCCGCGCCAGGCACCCUGCUCCUCGCCGCAAAACACCUCAACCAGCCCUACCUGCGCUCCUUCGCCCUCGCCCUCCUCGAAGCCUGCCGCCACACAUACACGUCCACGCCCUCGAACAUCGGCCCGGAGGCCUGGUCCUGGACCCCGAAGUUCAGCUACACUACCCCCUUUCGCGCGCCGGCGUCCACCCGCGAGACCGAGGAGUGGGCCGCCUCGGGCUUCUGGAGCGAGGACCCCGCGUUCAAGGGCGGCCCGCAGUACGUCGCGUCGCUGUUCUACGCGUGGCGCGUCACGGGCCAGCUGCGUUAUCGCGAGUGGGCGUGGGAAGCGUUUUCGGCCAUGGAGGAGUACUGCAAGGCGCCGUAUGGGUACGCGCAGCUCGCGGAUGUGUAUAGGGUGCAGCGCGCUGAGUGGAGCAGCGAUGGCGAUGGGCGGUGGAUCGAUGUACAAGGCAGGUCGUGGGCGCAGACGCUCAAGUACUUGUGGCUUACGUUUGGGGAUAGCGAGACUGCGAGUCUGGAUAAUUGGGUGUUUAGCACGGGGGGGCAUGUGUUUCGCAUGAUUCGCUGA